AUGACUGCAAAUUCACUGUGCUCAGAAGACUGUAUUGUGUUAUUACCUAAUCCCUCUUUCUUUGAACAGGAGUCAAGUAAGAAGGGUAAGGACGGAAGCAGUGGACCUCCUCUGGACUCUAAACCUCCGGGUGGAAAAGAUGACGGUCUCGGCGUGGCGCAGAUCAUCAUCACGGCCGCCACGCCCAUGGUGGAGAGCCACGAGGAGGAGCUCGGGGCCGCCGGUGAGGACUCGAGAGCCGAGGCCGACCAGGACCCGACGGAGGCGCACCACCCCGAGGCCGAGCGGUCCGAGUGCGAGGGCGAGGCGGUGCUGCUCGACGACGAGGGCCGCCAGCCGCCUCCCCCACCCGCCCCCGAAGGCCCCAGGGAGAUGAGGGCGGGGCCGGAGGCGCAGCAGAAGGCGCAGCAGGGAGCGGAGCAGGGGGCCGAGGGGACGGACUCCCCGUCGCCGAAGUCACCGAGCCCGAGCGACGGCCCCCCGGACCUCGACCCCGAGAAACUCAAGGCCUUAGAGAGAAUCAAGGAAUCCAAUGCUUAGUGGCGGCCGGCGGUGGGCGUGCGGGCGUGCGGGCGUGCGGGCAGGUCGCGGGCGCCGGCGGCCUGCGAAGUGACUUUGUUGUAUUUGUAGAUAUGUUAAGGAGUUAGACAGAUCAUGAUAUGUCAGAGCAUAAAGACAUUAUUUGUUGUGUCAACUGAAGUGGUGGCAUGUACGUCUUUCACAUUUAUAGUGUCACAAAAUCUUAAC